AUGUCCAAACCAGUCCUCCUCAUCCUCGGCGCAGGCCGCAACAUCGCCGCCGGCGUGGCAUCCCGCUUCGGCGCGGCAGGCUACGCCGUCGCCCUCGUCUCCCGAAGCUUCCCCCAGGGCCCCGCAACACCCGACCCGGAAACGGGCCACCUCCGCAUCCGCGCCGACCUCGCCGACCCGUCGCAGGUGACAUUUGCCUUUACCGAAACGAGGCGCCAUUUCGGCGGCACGGCGCCGCGCGUGGUCGUCUACAAUGCCGCCUCCAUGUCCCGGCCGCCCGAUGCGGACAACAUUUUCAGCCUGCCGCUGGCGCAGAUCGAGCGGGACGUCAACAUCAUGAGCUCGUCGGCGUGGAUCGCUGCGGGCGAGGCGGUCCGGGGUUGGAGCGAGGCGGGCACGGAGGAGGCGAGGAAGGGCCGGUUCAUUUACACGGGGAAUCUCUUGAAUCAGACCGUCUGGCCGGUGCCUGCGCUGGUUACGUCGGGGAUCGGGAAGAAUGCGGCUUGGUAUUGGGUCAAUGCUGCGGAUGCGCUUUAUAAGGAGACCAAGGGCUGGAGGUUCUUCUACGCUGACGAAAGAAAGGAGGACGGUACUUUUGUCGGUAGCACGCCCGGGGCCGAGUCCAACGGGAAGUUUUACCUGGAGCUUGCCGAGGGUGCGCAGGACUUGCCGUCUACGGUUACCUUUGUUGAUGGCAAGUACAAGAAGUUUUAG